AUGCUGCUUGAACCUUCAACUCUGUCGGCAGACGGACGGUAUGUGGUUCAGCUUUACCACACCGAGUCCGGUUGGCGAGCGAUUGAGAUCGAUGACCUGGUGCCCUGCUUCUCCUUACCUUUCUGGGCCGGCCCUGGCAGCUUUCUUGCAGGGGACAAACCCUGUUUUUCACAACCUGUGGAAGGCGAAGUGUGGUCCCUGCUCAUGGAGAAAGCCUUUGCCAAGCUGGCUGGGUCCUACGGCGCUUUGGAAGGUGGGGUUCCGGAGCUCGCCUUCCAAGCGCUGACGGGCCAACGCGAACAACUCCGGUGGCAGCGGGAAGGAGGGCAGUGGAGGAGGCUUCGUUUCAAGACGCCCAUCUGGUCGAAAUCACAUGUCAAAGGUGCCGCACUGGAAAUCACCAACCGGACACUUCCUCUAGAGCAGUUCUUUCUACGCCUGGCAUACUACGAACAGGCGAACUUCCUCCUGGCCGCUUCCAUAACCAAAGGGGGCAUGACUGAACGACGCAGGGAUGAUGGCCUCAUCGAAGGCCAUGCAUAUUCGGUGUUGGAGGUUCAAGAAGUACAUAGCUUACGAUUCAUUCGGCUGCGCAACCCAUGGGGCAAGGAAGAAUGGAAGGGUCGGUGGUCCCGCGGGUCCGAUGCUUGGAAGCUCCACUCCCAUGUUGCGCGAGACAUCUGCCAACGUGGAGGGCAAAGGCUAGACAGUGGACAGCAAGAUGGAUCUUUUUGGAUGCUUUUCGACGACUUUGCCGCCUGUUUCGAUUCGGUGAACGUCUGCCCUGCCACCAUGCCAGUGCCGAAAGCCUCGCGCUAUGCGAAGUCGAAGAAGCGGAGCCAUGCACCGGUCUGCGGGCGCUGCAGUCAGCCGGUGGAGAGUUGCUGGCUGCUUGUUCGUGGCCACGGCACUGAACCGAUCUCGUCGGUCGGUGCACCGGCAGGUCUUGGCUGGGUGCGUCUUGCCGAUGGCGACCUCUGCCAGCUUUGCCUCCGUGCGACAUCGCCGGCCCGACGUGCCUUCUGGCAGGGCGCGCCUGGUGGAAGUGGCAUCGCAGGAAUCCGAGAAGUUGAGCUGACUCGGCGUGUACCGGGUAUUGACUACUUUCCCUUCGAAGCUGGAGCUGGGUGCUCUCCCCCUCUGAAGAGACCUCAGUGUGACCUGGGGCCCUCCUGCACACAGCACAGCCCCGCGCACUUUGCAAGCUACGAUCAUCCUUGGAUGAAGCCAACGCCCGAGCUUGUCUUGAGCCGAACCAAGCGGGCCGAAAAAGCUCCGCAGUGCAAUGCACGGGCACUUGCCAUGUGCAAUGCCGCUAUGUGCAGUCAGAGUUGCAUGCUCGCGCCAGGCAUGCGGAUGGCGAUGCUUGGAAACUCAGCCAAGAAGAUCCAGGUGCGUUACGAGAAUUCAGUUUGA